AUGGCGGCGGCAGCGGAGGCCAUCCCGGCGAACCGAACUGAAGAACCGGCUCGAGAUGAUGCUGCAGUGGAGACUGCUGAGGAAGCAAAGGAGCCCGCUGAGGCUGACAUCAAUGAGCUGUGCCGGGACAUGUUCUCCAAGAUGGCCACUUACCUGACUGGGGAGCUGACGGCCACCGGUGAAGAUUAUAAGCUCCUGGAAAAUAUGAAUAAACUAACCAGCUUGAAGUAUCUUGAAAUGAAAGAUAUUGCUAUAAACAUUAGUAGAAACUUAAAGGACUUAAACCAGAAGUAUGCUGGACUGCAGCCUUAUCUGGAUCAGAUCAAUUUAAUUGAGGAGCAGGUAGCAGCCCUUGAGCAGGCAGCCUACAAGUUGGAUGCAUAUUCAAAAAAACUGGAAGCCAAGUACAAGAAGCUGGAGAAGCGAUGAAAAACCUAUUGCUAUGAGACAGAGUCUUUUUUAAAGUGUAAGAACGUUUUAUAAGAUCUGAAUCCUGGGGCUGAUGGAAUUGUCAGAACUCCUCAAAAGGAAAUGAUGCUGGAACAUCCCAACACUGGAGUAAACUGGAGGACUAUGGCUACUCCUAAACUUCCUAUGAGGCAGUAUCCCUCAAAAACUCACACUUGUAACUCCUUUCCUUCUACCUGAGUGCUUUACCAUCCAUUCAGGACAGAGACUCAAAAGUUCAGAAUAAACCUGGGCUUGCCAGUAGAAACAGAUGAAAGGACCUGUUUUCUCUGGUAGUGGUUGAGUACUUCAUUAUUUUCUUAAAUGGCUGGUCUUUAAGUUACUGUAUAAAUGGUUGUUUUUGCUAUUAAUGAUGCUAAUGUAUUGUUGACAAGAAUCUAAAUUAAAAAAGGAAAACAAAACAAACUUGUGCUUUGCAGUUUAUCACCUUCUGGAUGUCAGUAAUUUACUUUUCCAUAACAUUGCAAAUAACAGAACAUCUUAAAAUAAUUCCAGGCCAAGUCUUCUACACUGAGCAGAAACAGUGAAAGGAGGGUUGUGAUAGCUUGGUGCAUGUGAUGGGCCCUUCCUGUCUCUUCUCUUUGUAUGUCAGAUGUCUGGGGAUGGUUGAUUGACACAUGCUCCUUUCUGGAAAUGUGAUAAAGACCAAAACAAGAUGUGUAUGUGUUGGAUGAGGAGGUGGGGGCUGCCACUUGUAAAAUCAAGCAUUUUAUGAAAUAUUUUCCUACUUGUGUCUGAGGGGUCAGGAGGGUCCUGGGGACCCGGAUGUCUUCCUUGCAGACUAAAGACAUCAAUGAUUGAGGGAUACUGGUUUGGAAGACAGGCAACCUUACCCAGAAUUGGGUGUUAGCAGUUAGAAAGGUGCCUGCGGUUCCCAAUUCUACCUCCAAAAGAGUUUUUAAUUCUGUUCUCUGUCUAUUCCUACUAUCUCUGUUCCAGACCACCAUGAUUUAUCCUCUGCUUCUCUGGACUAUUGGCUGUGGUCUCUCUUCUCGUCUUAACCACCCCUCCGGUCUACCCUCUACACUGCAGCCAGGGCACUCUUUCUAAAAGGUAAACUGGCCACAUUAUUCCUCCUGCUUGGAAUCAUUUACUACCACUUGUCUGUCAAUUUGUCAUA